AUGCGGAUUCGAGUGAAAUAUGGCUCAUCAUCAUCUCGAAAUAAGAAAAGAAAGAAUAAUGAUGGACUGGCCAAGUUCCUUCUUCCUCUUUUGAGUAUUAUAACGAUGAUUGCCAUCAUGUCAUCUUUUCCCGGGUCCACAUCAUCGUUUUACAUUCUCACAGACGGAAUUAUUGCCAAUAAGCAGCUAAAUCCAUAUAUACGGAAUCUUACUUUGGAUCUGCAGUCUUGUUCCAAUGGAUGGUGCGUCGAUACGGAAUUUCGAACCCCUCGGUACGCUGCUGCUGGUCCAUCAGUAGCACCAUUAUUAUUGCCCCAAACAGUACAUGCAGUUCCACGCUACACGCAUCAAGGGUUCGAAAAGUGUUUUGCGAAUAAAGUGGUGGUGGUCAUUGGAGAUUCCAGGCUUCGUUAUCAAUUUCUGAAUCUUGCAGCUUUUGUCAAAUACAGCAAGUUUAUGAAAUGUCAAGACUAUCAUGGUGGGCAAGCAGAAGUAGAAAGAGUCGACGAAUCCUGUUUUCUGAUUGAUCGCGAGUCAUCCAUAUCGAAUACGGAGGAAUCCAUCGAUUGGACCUUGUGGUACCAAGAAACUACAUUGGAGUUACAGGAGGGAUCCAAACAACAAAGUUUAUGUGAUUGCUUUCGACACAAUCCCUUUGCGGUUCGGAAUGUUUAUGAAAAUCGGUACAUUCAGCGGAGCACGGACUUUGGGACUAUUCAUCUAGUCUACUUGCAAACCUUUGCGAAUCUGGUUCGCAUUGACCAGAAAUUUCCUCCUUAUGAUUCCUAUGCUCCCCGUGAGUCACGAUGCAAGGUUGGAGAGUGUGGGGUAGGAAAUCGGACCAAUGCGUUUGAAGGCACGGUCGAAAAGACCUUGUGGGAAGUGGUUCCAAAGCUAAAUGCGACCCACGCGUUUGUCAGCAUGGGCUGGGAGGACAACUGGGAGAAAAUAUCGGAUUUGGCCUGCGUCAUUCGAGACUUUCAACAAUUCUAUCCCAACAUUCGAGUAUUCCUAACGAUCAACCCACCCAUUCGAGCCAAUUUGACACGAGACUUUGAUGAUCUCAAGUGCAAAGUCGACAUUUACGACAGGGAUACCAUGAGCAAGAAUGUUCCAACAAAUUGGUAUUGGGAUGAUACUCAUGCUUUGAGCAUUUUGAAUGAAGAAUACAACCAUCAGAUGAUGGAGAAAGUGUGUCCGAUUGUAUAG